AUGUACGGAUCUACUCAACAAGUUAAUUGUACCGGUGCUUUUGGAGUUGAAAGUGUGAGUAUUAAUUUUGAAUAAUUGAAAAAAAAAAUAAAUUUCAGUGUGGAAUUGGAGAGUUUUGCUGUUUGAAUGGAUGUUGCAUAGAUUUUCUCUGGUAUUUGAUCAUUUUGUAAGUUUUUAUUUUUUGAAAAAAUAAUUUGACAAUUAAGAAAAAUAUACAAAAUUCAAAAAAUGAAUUUGAAAAAAAAUUGGAAUGUGGUGAAAAAAAAUAAAAAAUUUCAAAUCCGCAAAGUUUUGCAUUAAGCUUUGAAUUUUUUUAAACUAAAUUUCGCAGCUUGAAAUUUUGGAAAAAAAGAAUUAUAAAUUGUUAAGUUCACGUGGAAAAUAUUCAUUUUUUCCAAUUUUUCAGAGUCGUAUUUUCUAUGAUUUUCACAACACUUAUUUUUAUUCACAUUGAAGUUGUCAAACAACGUGUAUUCGAUGAAAAACUACGUCUUCAAAAACUUGCAAAUCGUCAAUUUUCGACCGUUGAUAAAAUGCGACUUGGCGACGAGCCAAUUCAAUCUGUAUGCGCCUUCAAACUUCCGCCAUCUUGCACUCCUCCAUUAACAGUUCCACGUCUCAAACUUCACAAAAAUUGGCAUUUUUUCUAG